AUGCAACCAGUUCUAUGUGGGACAAACAUCACGUCUGUUAAAAACAGGAUCCACGAACAUCGACUGACAGUCAAAUGCCAUGAUCCCAAAUCCUUUAUCUCUACCCACACCGACAUCAAACAGCACCAGUUCGAUUGGAGCAACACAAAAACCAUCGGCUACGUUACCACCCGCCACACUCGUGAGUUCAUCAAAGCCUGGCACUCCACAAGCAAUUCCACCAACAGACACAUAGACCUACAACCACCCUACGACCCCUCCCCCACAGGACUCCAAAUCAACCGCACAGCUAACCAGAGACAGCACUGGCACUCAACCAAAUCCAGGGCCAGCGAGGAGCAGCUGGCUCUCAGUAGCGCCACUUGUCUCCUGGUAGCGUACCUCCUUGUGACCCAGAAACGUUCCCUCUGGACACAUUGCGGUUUAGAGCCACUAAGGAGAGAUGCUGAUACGGAGAAGCUUAGAGACCUUCCAGAGGGUCCCUAUAGCCGCCUGAGCACACGGGGUGCCAGCAAGACCUGGCGAGAGCGUUUGUCUGGGCCCGGAGGGAAGGUGCUUCUCCUUGCCGUCUCCCGUGCGCUGAUGGCCUCUCUCCCCGUCUCCGAAAUAGAAGCGUUGGGCGCGGUUAUCCGGCUGCCGGUGGCCGGAAUCAAGAAGUUCUGGCAACGGCUUGAGAAAGUACUUGCUGGAUUUCAGCAACUCAGGAAGGUUUCUCAUUCCAUCCUCCCAGCACAGCCCUUACCAUGGCCUGUAUGGCAGAAAAAGCUUUCAUCCCAAGUACUGAGCCCUCGUCUUCGACAAGUCUUCCAGACCUAUCAAUCAAUGAACAAGUUUCAGGUGCCUUCAGGUGUUGGGCAGCACCUAGGCAACCUGCACCUAACUGGGAUGGACCUCUUGUGCCAGCUCAAAAGCCAUGUGAAUGUGUCUACUGUGUUGGGUGAUGAAGGACCCUUUGCAGAACCAGUAUGGAGGGGUAUGCUGCCUCAGAGGAGUUUGGCAGAAGAACUUGGUCACCUGAAGACAUGUGCAGUUGUGAGCUCAGCUGGCUCCAUGUUGGGGUCAGGAUUGGGCAAUGAGAUUGAUUCCCAUAAUGCUGUCCUUCGUUUCAAUGGAGCACCAACUGCUGGGUAUGAAUAUGAUGUGGGCAGAAAAACAACACUCCGGCUUGUGAAUUCCCAGCUGAUGACUUCUCCAGAGCAGCAUUUUCUAGAUGGACAACUCUAUGCCCAGGGAACUCUGGUCGCCUGGGAUCCAGCCCCUUACCCUGGGGACCUAGAAGAGUGGUACAAGUCUCCUGAUUAUCCCCUCUUUGAACCCUUCCGUACCUUGCGGGCUAAAAGACCUUGGCAGCUGUUCCAUCUGUUGCAUCCACGGCUACAGUGGGAGCUCUGGGAAGUGGUUCAGGAAGGGGCAGAUGAGCAAGUGCAGCGCAACCCUCCAUCUUCGGGCCUGCUGGGAACAGUGCUAAUGAUGUCCUUAUGCGAACUUGUCCAUGUGUAUGAAUUCCUACCAUCUCAACGGCAGUCCCAUCAGUGCCACUAUUACCAGGAUUUCUCUGAUGAUGCCUGCACACUGGGUGCUUACCAUCCAUUGCUCUUUGAGAAGAACUUGGUGCGUCGCAUGAACUGUGGCACAGAGGCUGACUUGGCACAAAGGGGCUGUGUGACAUUGCCUGGCUUCCAAGUCCUGAAUUGCCCCCACAAGGCAAAACAUCUGAACAGGGUCUGA